CACACCAAAAUCCUAUAUCCUCCUCCUCCUCCCCUUUCCCUUUGGUACAUAUUUGUAUCUCAAGUUUACUUUUAACAAAAAAAAGAAAGGAAGUAAUUCAGAUCAUGGCUACCACUGCUUCCCCAAUGGCUAGCCAGCUCAAAAGUAGCUUUGCCUCUUCUGUGACAAGGGGAUUGGGUGUUCCUAGAGGUAUUUCUGGUAAUCCAUUUAGAGUCUCACCCGCUAAGAGGGCUACUUCCUUCACUGUCAAGGCCAUUCAGUCAGAAAAGCCAACUUUCCAAGUAAUUCAACCAAUCAAUGGAGACCCCUUCAUCGGAAGCCUUGAAACUCCAGUAACAUCAAGCCCAUUGAUCGCCUGGUACCUCUCCAACUUACCUGCGUACAGGACAGCAGUCAGCCCUCUCCUCCGUGGAAUCGAGGUCGGUUUGGCCCACGGGUUCCUCCUCGUUGGUCCAUUUGUUAAGGCCGGCCCAUUAAGGAACACAGAGUUUGCAGGAGCAGCAGGGUCAUUGGCAGCAGGAGGACUAGUUGCUAUCCUAAGCAUUUGCUUGACAAUGUAUGGAGUAGCAUCAUUCAAUGAAGGAGAACCAUCCACUGCACCAAGUUUAACAUUGACAGGAAGGAAAAAGGAGCCUGACCAGCUUCAAACUGCCGAUGGAUGGGCCAAGUUUACUGGAGGAUUCUUCUUCGGUGGAAUUUCUGGUGUCAUUUGGGCUUACUUCCUUCUCUAUGUCCUUAACCUUCCUUACUUUGUAAAGUAGAGAAUCUGUUACUUUCUCUCUGCCAAAUGUAUAUCUUUGCCUAUUUGGAAUUAGAUAUUUGCAAAUGAAAACUGCAUAUUUAUUUCUCCAUGGCUACAAUAUAUAUAAAUAUGCAUGAUUUUUAUUUUCCA